UCAAUGUACGUUUGUUAGGUUUCAAUAUACAUAGUGGGCAUUAUUAUCACCCGUUUUGGCCGUAUUAGUAGUAUAUCAAAUUGUAGGCUACAUAAUCGACAGAUGUCACCCUUCAUUCCAUAUAUUGCGAUAUCCGUUGACCAUCUCAGACUUGAGUUGCCGGAACACUUCUGUCCUGAUGACAUCGACAUUUUGGUAAACGCCACGCCGGAAGAACGCGCUGUCGUGGUCAACACAGGCUGCGUAGCUUUGCGGGCCCUUAAGGACAAGAAGGACCAACUCUCUGAAGGCUAGGCCUUCAAACAGGGCAAACAGGAUGGUAUGGCAGCCGAGAAGAUCAAGUGGCAACAGGAGAAGACAAAAAUCGCGAGCAAUCACGAAGCUAACGUCAAAGACCUCAAGGAAAAGUUCUUUAUUCUACAAGCCGAGAUGGAUCGCCAAAAAGCGGCCAAUGUAACUGCUGAGACUCGUCGUGUGAAGGCCGAAGCGGAUGCCACCACAUUACGCGCAAUGGAGCAGGAGACGAUCAACCGCAUCCGCGCCGAGGUGGAGUCCGAAAUGUCAAACAAACUCAAGACCCUCACCGACGAGCUCAAUGCCAAGAAAGCGGAGGCUGGCAAGGCUGCAACCGAUCUAUGGAAAGCUCAGCAGACUUUCUUAAGGGAAAUGGAGAACAAGUCAUCGACAUUUCACGAUGAAGAAAAAAAGUUGCGCGACCAAUUAAAUAAAGAAUUAAAGAAGAAGAACGCUGAUUAUGAUGCUCGAUUGAAUGACAUCAAACUGGCGAAGGAAAAUGAAAUCGAGCGACAAAAGGAAAUGAUUGAAUCCAUUUCUUCUCAACUCGUUUCCGCAAACGCUAAGCUGACCGAAGAACUCAGAAAUGCACAGGCUGCGAAUGAAAUGGCUUUACUAGAACUUUUCAAUGCCAAACAGAAAGCUGCCGAAGACGUCAAUCAAGUGAAGGAAGAUAAAUUCAAGAAAAUUCGCGAAGCCGAGGAAAAAAUGCGAGCUGAAUUCAACUCAAAAAUUGACGAGCUACAAAAUCAGUUGAGGGUUUUGACCCACCGUCAGGCUAAUUCCUCUAUCAAGGGCAAGGACAACGAAGAUGCUUUCGCCCAACUGCUUGAUCAUUCGUUUGGCAGUGACCAACAUUACAGUAAACUACCGAAAACCGCUGAAUCCGGUGACCACGUUAUCAAAUGGAAGGGACUCCAACUAAUGUUCGAGAACAAAAAGUAUACCAAUGCUGUGCCCAAAACUCAAGUGGACAAGGCCCUCAGGGAUUUCAUGUUGGACAAGAACAAGGACUGCGACGUGCUCAUCUUUGUCAGCGAGGAUACCAACAUAAUCAACCGCGAUUGUCCGUUUGAUAUAACUCGCUCCGAUGACGGGAGACCGGCCAUCUGGAUCAGCAAAUUCGGCCACAACGAGGAUAAGGUCGUUUAUCUGCAGUUGGUGGGGCAGGUUGCCGAAGAGUUGGUACGCUUGCAAAGGCGCGAAAAGAAAUUUGAAAAUGGCCAAGAGAUUGUCGACUACAAGAAGAGAGUGGAGGACCUCAUCCAAUCCUUCAACGAGACCAAAGUUGAUUUAGACAACCUGCUUAAGCUGCAGAAUGGGUGCCAGCGCAGGCAAAAUAAAAUAUGGAAGGAUCUGAAGGAGGAAACGGUAUCGGUCAUCGCACGCUUCAAACUUCGCCAAGCAAACGCGAAUGGGAAUGAGGAAGAAGAUGAUGGAGAAAACGGUGCUGAUGCCGAUUCAGAGCCCAAAAUAAAGAAACCAAGGAAAACACCAAUGAAAAAUAUGACCCCGCAGCAAUCAAAGAACACGAUGGACAACUAUUUCAACAAGAGCCCCCGGCAGGUAGCGUCUGGACAUCAGCCUCAACAGGAGGCAUCGAACGGAUUCAGCGCCGAAGUCGGUGACAACAAAGCCAAGCUUAAACUAUUUUCAGACGAGCCAGUAAUAAUAGACGUGUGUGACGUGUGAUAAUAA